GACUUGGCUGAGUCAAAGCUUUUAGGCGAGUUUGUGUAGAUCUACAGCAUCAUGCUUAGACUUUUCAAAGAGACAAACUCCAUUUUCUUAUGAAUGGAAAGUGAAAAACCCUGUUUCGCUUAAAUUGGGUUCUUUCCUGUCCUGAGAAACACAACAGACCCCAAAAAGGCAAGCUGAAGAGAGAACAUACACACAGACCAAGCGACAAGAAAUGACCAUGACUACCAUGCCAGAGAGUCUAAAUAGCCCCGUCUCAGGGAAGGCUGUCUUUAUGGAGUUUGGGCCGCCCAGCCAGCAAAUGUCUCCUUCUCCCAUGUCCCACGGACACUAUUCCAUGCACUGUUUACACUCCGCGGGCCACUCUCAGCCUGACAGCUCGUACAGCACAGCUUCGUCCUUCUCCCGACCGCUGGGCUACCCCUAUGUGAACUCGGUCAGCAGCCACUCGACCAACCCCUACAUCAGUUCAGUGCAGUCCUACCCCAACAGCUCCAGCCUGACUCAGACCCGGUUAGAGGAGACAGGGGCCGAAUCGGAGAAAAGCACUGUGGUAGAAGGAGGGGAAGUUCGCUUUAAUGGGAAAGGGAAAAAAAUCCGCAAACCCAGGACUAUUUACUCCAGUUUGCAGCUACAGGCUUUGAACAGGAGGUUCCAGCAGACUCAGUACCUGGCUCUCCCUGAAAGAGCCGAGCUCGCAGCAUCUCUGGGACUCACCCAGACACAGGUGAAGAUUUGGUUUCAGAACAAGCGCUCCAAAUUCAAGAAGCUGAUGAAGCAAGGAGGGGCCGCCCUGGAGAGCAGCGCCUUGACCAACGGCAGGGCUCUCUCGGGCAGCUCGCCACCCGUGCCUCCAGUGUGGAAUACCACCUCCGCCUCCGGUAAGGCCUCGUCGGGGACCCCGGGCACCUACAUCCCCAGCUACACGUCGUGGUACCCUUCGACCCACCAAGAAGCUAUGCAGCAGCCGCAACUGAUGUGAUUAUAUAUACGUUUUCCCCUAACGCAAGCACUAUCAAUCCCGAAAAGAAUUGAAAUUAUUACAGGGGGAAAAAAACAAACCAAACAAAACAACAACAACAACAAAAACAACAAAAAAGAAACUAAGUCAAAUAAAAAGAAAGAAAAAAAAAGAA